AUUGUGAGUAUGCGUGUUGUGGGUUGUGGGUGUGUUGUCAGGUGUUGUUUCCACUUUCCAGCCAGCUGAAGUCGGCGAUUCCACGUCACUGCGGAAGGAAUCCGCCGAAAUUGACUGAAAUCAGGCCAACUUCACUUCCAAAAUGCCGCUGCGGCUGGAGACGAAGCGCAAACUUAUCGCCCGGUCUGACCGAGUGAAGAAUGUGGACCUGCAUCCUCAAGAGCCGUGGCUGCUGGUGUCAUUGUACAAUGGCAACGUGCACGUGUGGAACCACGAGUCACAGCAGAUGGUCAAGACCAUCGAAGUUUGCGACCUGCCAGUGCGGGCCGCCAAGUUCGUGGCGCGCAAGAACUGGAUCGUCACCGGCUCGGACGACAUGUCUCUUAGGGUCUUCAACUACAACACCCUGGAGAAGGUGCAGGAGGUCGAGGCACACUCUGACUAUGUCCGUUGCAUCGCCGUCCAUCCAACGCAGCCUUACCUGCUUACCAGCAGCGAUGACAUGCUUAUCAAACUGUGGCAGUGGGACAGGUGGGCAUGCCAGCAGGUUUUCGAGGGACACACACACUACGUAAUGCAGGUGGUGUUUAACCCUAAAGACAACAACACGUUCGCGUCAGCGUCGCUGGACAGAACGGUAAAAGUGUGGCAGCUGGGCUCCUCCACGCCCAACUUCACUCUCGAAGGACAUGAGAAAGGCGUCAACUGCAUCGACUUCUGCCACGCUGGCGACAAGCCUUACCUCGUGUCCGGCGCUGAUGACCGGCUCGCCAAGGUUUGGGACUAUCAGAACAAGACGUGCGUCCAAACCCUUGAGGGCCACGCGCAAAACAUCUCUGCAGUCUGCUUCCAUCCUGAGCUGCCGGUGCUGCUUACUGGCUCUGAGGAUGGGACCGUGCGUGUGUGGCACGCGGCCACUUACCGUCUGGAAACAUCGCUAAACUACGGCCUCGAGAGGGUGUGGACUAUUACCUGCCUCAGGGGUUCCAACGACGUGGCCCUUGGUUAUGAUGAAGGCUCUGUUCUUGUCAAGAUUGGUCGCGAGGAGCCGGCCGUGUCGAUGGACACGAGUGGCAAGAUUAUCUGGGCGCGUCACUCUGAACUGCAGCAGUCAAUGGUGAAGGCGAGCGGCGAGGGAGUGGCGGAUGGCGAGCGGCUGUCGCUGGCGGCUAAGGAGAUGGGCGCCUGUGAGAUCUACCCGCAGUCGAUCGCGCACAACCCGAAUGGCCGGUUUGUGGUAGUGUGCGGUGACGGCGAGUAUAUCAUCUACACAGCAAUGGCGCUGCGUAACAAGGCGUUCGGUACCGCGCAGGAGUUUGUGUGGGCGCACGACUCGAGCGAGUACGCGGUGCGCGAGGGCGUCUCCACGGUGAAGGUAUUCAAGAACUUUAAGGAGCGCAAGUCGUGCAAGCCAGAGGGCGGCGCAGAGGGUAUCUUCGGCGGCUUCGUGCUUGGCGUGCGCUCUGCUUCAAGCCUUUCGUUCUUCGAGUGGGAGAGUCUGCGCCUGAUCCGCCGCAUCGAGAUCCAGCCCCGCCACGUUUUCUGGUCUGAGACAGGUGAGCUGCUGUGCAUCGCCACUGAGGACAGCUACUUCGUGCUCAAAUACAACGCUGACGCCGUCACUGAUGCUGCCGACCGCACCGAAGAUGGCGUCGAGGACGCCUUUGACGUCGUCGGCGAGGUCGCAGAGGCGGUCAAGACCGGCCUCUGGGUUGGCGAUUGCUUCAUCUACACCAAUGGCGUCAACAGGGUCAAUUACUACGUUGGUGGCGAGAUUGUGACUGUCGCGCAUCUCGACAGGCCUGCCUAUCUCCUAGGCUACCUGCCGAAGGACAACAGGCUCUACCUCGCCGACAAGGAGCUCAACGUCAUCAGCUACUCCCUCCUCCUCUCGGUGCUAGAGUACCAGACAGCUGUGAUGCGCAAAGACAUGGUAACGGCUGAUCGGGUGCUGCCGACGGUGCCGAAGGAGCAGAGGACCAGGGUGGCGCACUUCCUUGAGAAGCAGGGCUUUAAGAAGCAGGCGCUCGCGGUUUCAACCGACCCUGAACACCGCUUCGACCUCGCCCUGCAGCUGUCUGACUUGGAAACAGCUCUUUGCCUCGCCCGCGAUACGCAGAGCCCGCACAAGUGGCGUCAACUUGCUGACGCCGCCCUCGCAGCCGGCAAAAUCGCCCUGGCCAACGAGUGCUUGGAGGAGGCUAAGGACUUUGGAGGUUUAUUGCUACUGGCCUCCUCAUCAGGGGAUGUGGGGCAGCUGGAGCGUCUGGCGGCGAUGGCGGCCGAGGCAGAGAAGCACAACAUCGCGUUCUCGUGCAACUUCCUGCUGGGUCGGCUGGAUGAGUGCCUGCAGGUGCUGAUCUCAACGCAGCGACUGCCAGAGGCGGCCUUCUUUGCCAGGACCUACCUGCCGAGCCAGGUGUCGCGCGUGGUUAAGUUGUGGAAGGAGGCGCUGUCCAAGGUGAGCGAGAAGGCCGGACAGGCGCUCGCUGAUCCUGAGGAAUACAACAACCUCUUCCCUGGAAUGGCGGACGCUCUAAAGACUGAGCAGUUCCUCAAGCAGCAGCCACUGCUCCCUGCUGCUGCCUACACAAGCCUUAAGCCAAAUAUUGAGCGAUCGGCUGUAGAGGAAAUGCGAGCUGCUGAGGCGUCCGGCUCUUUCCACUACUCGGCACCGCAGCUGCUAGAGGAGAAGGAGGAUGAAGAGGAGGAGGAGGAGGAAGGCUUUGCGGAUGCGGCGGAGGACCUGGCCAAAAUGAGCAUCAACUCGCCACCCGCCCCCUCUGCCCCUGCAGCAGUGCUGCCUAUCCUACAGCCCAUGCCAGCGCCACCCCCCUUGCAGUUGCAGCAGCCGAUCGUGGACGACGACCUCGAUGAAGAUAUCGACUUGGACGACCCUGAAGUUAGAAAAUUGAUGGAAGCUGAGGAUAUAGACGAGGAGGACCUUUUGAAUUAGAUGCAUUUUUGCUUGUUGUACACUCAUUCCAAGCACGUCUUAUUAUGUUAUUGCCGUUACAAUUGUGUAUAAAAUAAAAAGUAUUGAUUUUAUUACUCCAA